AUGAUUCGAGCAAAUUGUAGAUAUCUGGUUAAAGGUAAGGAACUGUUGAUGAAAGGUUCCUUAUUGAUGACCAAUAGAACGAUAACUAUGAAGAGAAAAAGACAAGAAAAAGUGGAACUGCCCGCUUCCUUUAGGGAGAAACAUGUGGCAGAGUUUAUCGAGGGUUGUGACAGGAUUUUAGAAGUAGAUCCAACGCUUUUGGACACGAUGAUUAGUAAAGAUUUCCCAUUAUUCUUGAAGAAAGAACAGACGGAAAUGACAUUGGAUCACCAUUUUGCGAAACUUGGAAGCAGUAUUUUGGCUCAGCAGAUUAGUGGUAACGCAGCAAUGGCUGUUAAGAAGAAAUUUAUGGCGCUUUUUGACGAUGUCUUCCCGACUUAUAAGCAAUUGAGAGAUGUCUUGAAACAAGACGACGGUACCGAGAAACUAAGGGCCUGUGGGCUUUCACAGCGCAAAGUUAUCUAUAUGGGCUCUUUAGCGGAGUAUUUUGAGAAAAACGAGGGCGAAAUACUGGACCUCUUCACCAAGGAAUCGAACGACGUUAUUGAGAAAGAACUCGUGGACAAAAUUAAGGGCAUUGGGCCCUGGAGUGCUCAAAUGUUUCUUGUGACAUCUCUGGAACGAAUGGACGUUUUCGCAUCUGGUGACCUGGGUGUGGCUCGUGGUUGUUCAAAGUAUCUGGACGCACGGCCGGAAUUUUUGAAAGACCUUAUGACCAAAAGAACAGAGAUUAGAAGAAGCAAGAUAAAGCAUAAAAAAUUGAACUGGAAAGUCUACGAUGAAGAUAUUGUUGAGAAAUGCGGUGAAGCUUUUGCGCCUUUCCGUACGAUUUUUAUGUUUUUAUUAUGGAGAGUUUCGAGCACUAACGUCGAAGUGAUAGAGAAAAACGAAAACAAUUAUGUCAACGGAACUUGA